GACCCUUUCUAUUUUCGGUUCUUCCGUUUGCUUGUUGCUUGGCUGGUCCAGACAACGUCCUUCUUUAAACGCCGGGUUAUUCUUACAUACUAUACUCCUACCUUGAGCCUCAAGACUUUGUUGAUCAAAGUCUGCCUUGUCGAGUCCCAAUAUAUCGUCAAUAUUUUCGUCGCCAAUACAUCUCAACUGAGCUUCAAACCCACUUGGCUUGCUGCAAUCAAUCACCUACUACUUUCCACAAAAGAUCCAGUACUCAAUAUCAAAACAAGCAGCCAAAAUGUACCGCACCAAGCCUAAGCUUUCUGUCUCCAUCGCUGCCACCCAGAGGCCCUCACUCUCGCUGUCUAUCAAGUCCCCUGGGCCUUUGCAACAAGUCCAUUCGCCUCGAAGCCCGCAUCCGUCCAGCCCUGCACCCUCAAAGCGGUUCUCAACACUGCAAGUCCCAACCUCAACACCCAGCUACGUCAACACAUGCUCCGCCAAGAGUAUUCUCAAGAAACCAACGGCAACGGGGCCGUCAGGGGCCGCAAACAAGAAGAUCCAGUUCCGGGGCUCGCCGACAGUUCACUGUAUUACGCCCAUUGAGAACACGGACGAGUAUUACGGGAGUUAUCGGAAGUUGAGCAAAGAUGAGCGGAGGUGGAUGGUUCGAGAUUGAAGGACGCUCAAAAUACGAGGUUUGGGAACAGCAAGAUUAGGGCUUUUAUAGAGAAGGACAGUCCAUUUGGUUGACUGGGAAGGAAAUACAAGUGGGAGAGAGUGUGCUUUUAGCGAUGUAUCAUGUUAACGACUUACGAUAUGACUGACGGACUGGUAUGGAAUGGUAUGAUUAAUCCACAUCCUCAAUAUAUAUAUGAACACCAUUCCACUGUAGUGUUCCCGUAAAGGGAAAGGCAAGAGCAUAUGUCCAAUGCAGCGGCA